GAUUAGGAAAAAGUUCCGGUUUCUGAUCCUCCACCAAAUAAAGAGACAAAACGUGAAGGAUUCUGGCCGUAAAUAGCUCAAAACAUCAGUUCGUCGGGCGAAGAAAAGUGCACUAAAUUCCGCCGCCGCUGCAUUUAGGAGACACACCUGCCCCAGGUACUUGCAAGGGCGUUGCAAUGUUGCAAGGGCGUUGAGUCGCGCGGACGUCGUUGAGGUUUCCACUGUGUUUGAACUCCGCAGCUGAGACAGCUGUGUGAAGGACUGCGCGCGCACGCACGCACGUGUGUGUGUGUGUGUGUGUGUGUGUGUGUGUGUGUGUGUGUCGGCGGGGUCUCCCCGGCGUGAUGUGUGCCAGCAGGCAGCCCCUGUGUGCGGGGGGCCGGCAUCGUCGCUCAGACUCGGCUACCCGUGAAGGCACCAGCCUGGGCUCCCAGUAUGCCUUCUGCGCUCUGGGUGUGGGCCUGGUGGCUCUGGGGGUCGUCAUGAUCCUCUGGAGCGUGGUGCCGGGAGACCCGGCCCGGAACGGGACGGCAUCGGGGAACCCAGUCAACGAGGAGACCAAGCAGAAGACGUCGUCGGUGGCCUUUGUGCUGGUGGGGGCCGGUAUGGCCAUGCUGCUGUUGGCCAUGUGUCUGGGGAUCCGGAACAAACGCAGCAGCCGCGCCACGCCCAGUGCGGCUGCCGGAACCCAGUACGCUCAGGGAGAGGCAGCGGAAGGGGAGGAGCCGGGUCCCAGCUACGACGUCCCCAGCUACGAGGAGGCCGUGACCAGUGGCCGCUACCCCAUCCGCCAGAGUAACCUGCGCCAGAGCACCUCCCAGCUCCCUUCCUAUGAGGACCUGAUCGCUGCCGUGGAGACAGAGGGGGCGGGGCCAGCCAAUGGGAGUGGCCAAACCGAGCCCACCCCUGCCCCCAACCCGCAGCCCGUGCGCACUGGCAGCCGGGCCAGCCGCCUGCUCAGGCCGCUGCGCGUGCGCCGGAUCAAGUCGGAGAAGCUCCAUGUCAAGGACAUUCGGCUGGACAUCCAGAGCCGUGGGGAGGGAGGCCGCGUGGUCAUUGAGCCCCUGACUCCACCCCCCCAGUAUGAGGAUAAAGUGCCAGAGUUCCCUCCCGAAGCCGUCUGAUUGGGCGAGGUCUGGCUGAACAUUGCGCGAGCCGGCUGGCUUUCGGGCUGGGUACUUCCUAUACAUGAGGUCCAGAGACCUUACAGGAACGUUUUGAUGGACUCUCGUAAUCCUGAAUGACGUGAACUCGAAUAGAUGGACCCUUGGUUGAAAUUUUAAUAACAUGUUCAAAAUGCGCAAUUGUAAUGAUGAAAUUAAUUUUGUAACACUGUUUCAGACUACGUGUAGUGAAUUUUGUGAUGAAACGGAACCUUCAUGUGGUAUGAUCGUCGUUCGUUCUCUCCUGCCAAAGACUGCGAACUUUCCUCAUACAGGUCACCAACGUCGCUCCGUGGUCUCCAUGUCCGCCGUACUGACCGAGCGCCUUGCCGUAGCUGAUGGGAAACAGAAGCUCAUGGAGACCGGUCAGAAUGGUCUCAUUUGCGGGACGCUGCAUGGUGGUAACGCGUCUUCGCCCACUGGACUGCGAUUUCAUUGGCUGCGGGGAUGGUUUGGAGCGCUUUGGGACGGCAGUGGGACUUGUGAGGACCGACUGGAUGGAACGUGGUGGGGAUUUUUAUUUUUUUUAUUUUUUAUUUUUUCCCCCGUAAACAAUUUGAAGGAAGUUCAGAAGAAGACCAACGUCCGCUGAAGUCCAGCGACAUCUUCAGUCGAAAGGCUUUUACUUCCAGGAACUUUUGAGAGAAAUCCAAAAGAAAGGCACUACUGCGACUCUUUGGGGUUCAUUCCAUCUUUAAAACACUACACCAAAAGAACGGCACUGCACACCUGUGGGGAAAACCUUUUUCCUCACGUGUGGACUUGCACGGUCGUUUUUGCGUCAUAACGUUCACUAAAGUUGGGAUGCUGCUGUAUUAUUCUUUACAGGAGAAAAAAAAAAGAUCUUUAUGGUAUGUUUUGUUUAAUGUAUUGUAGAAUGUGCCACAUUUUAGGUAGGUGUGUGUGUACACUGCAAGAAGGAAAAAGCAAUCAGAAUGAUCCACUUUGGCAGUUCUGCACAUGACACACCAGCACUGGGUUGAGGGACGUUAGUCAUCUAAAAUUAAAAUUCAAAAUGAUUGUAUUUAUUUUCUUCCUUUAUGAAAAUCUG